UUGCCAUAAAAUAAUAAACAAACAAAUGUGCUGGUAGUGGGAAGGUGACUCCUCGUUUUCCUUCAAGCCAACAGACAGAGAGAAGAGGAACGAAGAAGAGCAGCAGAAAGCUGCUCUAACUCUAUUUCUCUACAGCAUGUGUGUUUGAUGUGCAGGCACUCAUAAAGCAGAGAGCACAGCUGAGGACAUUGACAUACUAGCAAUGGGAGAAGUGGAUCAAAAGGCCUCAACCGAUUUAGUGGACCAGAAAAAAGGUGAGUAUCUUCUUAUCAGAGAUGCAGAAGACGGCCAGUUGGACAUUUAUGACAAACCCCUUCCUUGCUUUGGUUGUGGAAUUGGAUGGUUUUCUCUUCUUCUUGGAUUUGUAUUUCCUUUUAUGUGGUACUAUGCGACAAUCCUUUACUUUGGGAACUAUUAUCAUAAGGACCCAAGGGAGCGAUCAGGACUUGCCGCUUCUGCAAUAGCUGCUUUGAUAUGUACAAUAGUUGUGGUGAUCAUUAUAGGAAUAGUUAUAUUAUAAACCUCCCGGCAACACCCCUCUCUCUCUCUCUCUCUCUCGUCUCACACCUCGCUGCUUCCUUGGCAACAAAGCUGGAAACUGGUAAAACUUUACUCCCUAUAAAACCAUAAUGGAUUCAAGAAAGAGCUCUACUUUUAGUAGGUUUCAGCUGUGUGAAAAUCUGAAGAAGUUGUGUUUGGUUCCUCUUUUUAGUCUUGUACAUAUACAUGUUGUGUAUUAUAAAAAGUUUCGAUGUUGCAACUGUGGGAUACCUCUUGGUAGGAAGAUUGUAUGGUAGACAAUGCAUAUGAAAAAUAUAAGUCUAUCACCAUGACUUUCUUGGCUCAUAUACUCA